UCUUCGGUCCGCUCCGGUUGUGCGCGCUGCUCCUGCCCGUGCGCGCUGCUGCUGCCAGUCCGCGACCCGCGUGCUGCUCGCCUCCUGCUGCCCUAAGGGGGCUUGGGUUGGACUGAGGUCCCCGGGGCUUUACCGCACAGCUCCGGUGGCUGCCUGUGGAGAUGCCUGGGAAGAAGGCGCGUAAGAGCGCGCAGCCGAGCCCAGCGCGGGCCCCAGCAGACCCCGAAAUGGAGUGUGCCAUUCAACUCAGGAAAUUUGGAGACAAACUGAAUUUCCGGCAGAAACUUCUGAAUCUGAUAUCCAAACUCUUCCGGUCGGGAACCUGACUGCUUCGGAAGCUUGAACGAGGAGAUUGCUUUAAAAUGGAAGAUUCCCCAGUAGGUGCAAAUUUAAUCUAGAGGAAAUGCCUUGUAAUGGAGAAGAUCUCACUUGCUUUUUGGACGUCCUUGGAAAUGAAGAUGGGAUACAACAAAGACGGAUUUUUGUUGAUUUUCCAGAAGACAUUUGUUUUGACUCAUGAGGAUGUUAUAAAACCAUUUUGUUUAUUUUAAAGCAAGAAUGGAGGAGCUUUGAAAAAUAAGGACUUAAUUACUUAACAUUUUGUUUUUACUUCCGAAAUUAUUCGGUAAUUUUGCUGAAGGUUGCUGUGCAGCCUACUGUAACCGGACUUGGCAGAUGAAUGGACAGUGGUCAGAGGCAAAGAAACAUGUGUGUUCAGUGUUGGGUUUUAUUUCGGGAUGACAACUCCAGAGUGAGGGAUAAGACUUGGUUUAUAUAUUAUCUUGUUAAAAGUAAACAUUUCAUUCUGAGAACACUGAAUGUUGUAGAGAGUGUGGAUUCCACAGGUCACUACAAAAUAUGAAAUGAUUUGAAAGCUUAUUUCUUCUGACUCAAAAAUGUAUCGCUUCUGUUCAGAUGAUCCUUGAAUUAUGUUUCUGUGAAUCUUAACGGGAAAGACUGUACUUUGAAAAAAAAAUGUGAUAGAGGUAUUAGUUGGCUCCAGUAAGAUUCUUGAAGGUAGAAUGUUUCAAGAUAAAGAGCACAGGGAUUUUCUCAGAAUCAGAAAUAAUGGGGAAAAAAAGGUGAUUUAGGCUUUUUUACUGUUGUAAUUAAUACUUAGUAAAACAAAUAUACUAAAGUAACUUGAUAAGAUGAAUGUGUUUCUAGAGAAGUUUCUAAAAUCUGUAAAAGGCCUUUCUCAUACUGGUCAGGGUAUGUCUCAUAGGAAGUGAUCUGUUAAGAGAAAUUAAGUAUGUUUUACAUAGUUCUUUUCUUUUCUUUUUUUUUUUUUUUAAGGGGGAUUGGAUUUGGAUUUCUCACCUGGAAUAAAAAUGCUAUAUAUGUAUAAUUUGUUUUAGAAUAAUACGUAGAUCCUGAGAAAAGUUUCAUGAAUUUCCCUUUUUUUAUUGUUAAAAGGCCAGUCUGCAUCAAAAAAGUCCCUAGAUAGAUAAAAAAUAAUGUCAUGAUUGAAUUUCAGCAGGAAUAAUUUUAUUUAUUUUACCUAUUUAUGAUGAAAAUAUCGUUUUGCUUGAAAAUGUCUAUUAAAGUUACAUUUUUAGGUUAUGAGACAAGGCUUUCAUAACCACUUGAACUUAACAGUAAGAAUGUUUUGCCCUAGGCUGUGGUCACUUUAGAUGAAACAUUACCUCAGUAUCUGUUUUCUCCUCAGUAUUAUUUAGUUGCAAAAAUGCUUUUUGUCUGUCUAGAGGCAGAUAUUUUGCCGUUAGGAUAUUUAUGGUCUGUAACUGUAUUUAUACAUACUAAAUUGGAUACUGUAGCUAUAAACUACUAAGAAUCA